AUUGUUUUUAUCUGAAUCUCACAAUAUGAGCAACACACAAUUAGUAGUGCUAAUAUUAUUAAAAUAAACAAAAAAAUAAUAUAUUUCAUCUGCCAAUGGAACUCAAAAUCUCACCUCCCAAGAGUAUUGCUACCAAAAAAGUCUGCUACAAUGUGUCAAAUGGAGGUGAAAAAUGUUCAAUUGAACUUGGGUUAAAUCUUGAGCUUAGCUACUCAAAUUUUAGUACAAAUGGAUAUGGAUUUACAUUUCCACAAAGGCAAGAAUUAGAGCAACAAUUUUUCAUCUACAAGUAUAUAGAAGCAGGACUACCUGUUCCCACACAUCUAAUUAUUCCUAUAUACAAGUCUUUUACUUGUUCUUUAAAAGGUCUUCAUGAUGUGAUGGGAUAUGGACACAUGUGUUGGGAACAUAAAAGUAGGAUGGAACCAGAGCCAAGGAGAUGUAAGAGGACUGAUGGCAAGAAAUGGAGAUGUAGCAAAGGUGUUGUCCAAAAUCAGAAAUAUUGUGAAAAACAUAUGCAUAGAGGCCGCCAGCGUUCAAGAAAGUGUGUGGAAUUAACAAGUUCGAGAGAUAUAUGUUGUUCAGACUCUUCAAAAAUAUUAUCACAAUUGUGUCAGAUUCAUCAAAAAUGCACUACUGGUAAAGUAUCUGACAUGCCACCAUUGAUAUUUUUGAAAAGUUCGAACAACAUAGAUCAUAAUUAGAACCAGACACAACCACUUUGUCCAUUGGUCUACCAAUGAAUUAAUUAUUACUAGUAGAAGUUGUUCUAUUGGAGAUGUGUGUAAUUCUUCAAAUGAUUUCUCUGUUUUUUUUUUUUAUGUUAUGACAUUUCUAGUUACGAUUUAAUUGAGGAAGCAAUUGAUUUUGAAAUAUGUAUAAUGUAAUGAACUUGACAAUGAA